AGUGCUAUUGUCAACUUCACAAAAUUCAGGGGCUCAAGAGAGCAUAUUUAUGAAAAUACAAUGGCUGAAGUGGUAAGUAAAUUUUGUUUGCUUCGCUUCCUUUUGCUUAUGUUAGGCUUGUAAGAGGUGGCUAAAUGCCAUCAUUUAAGGUGGCUCAAUAGGGUUUUUCAGGGUCAAUACCUCCCACGCUACAUUGUACAUUGCCAUUUACAAAGAUUUGGAAACAUUACCACCACAACUGCAUUAGAUAAGCAUGAAAAUUUGUUAUGAUCAGGGUUUACAAUGACAUCGGAGUUGCCACAGCAACAAAAUGACGCCAUUACCUAUUUUACUUGCAACUGUAUUUUCUUGGCACUUUCUUCAGCAGCUCCCGCAGUCUACAUUGUACAUGUAGCUGGUGCCAAGUAUACUCUCUUUUGAACUACAUCAGUGAUGCCGAGAGGGGGGUUCCUGACAACUGUGCACCCAAGGAUUUCUAUAAUAUACACCGUUCAGGCUUGUGUGCUCUUCAGUGCUGCUGUUCACAGCAUCAGAACCAACACGGGAGGCAGCAGUUACGAGUUAUGAGCCCAGACCAAAUGACAUAGUUCCAGGCGCUGCGGAUUGCCUCCAACAGUGGGAGGGAUCAUUGCACCCCACUAGUCACUUACUGCCCGCCUCAAGCUGCCCCCAGCCAGUAAGGUGCUGAUCGCCACCAUCUGCCUGCUUCGAUGGGUGCUUAUAGCUCAGAGGAAUGUCUGACGAGCAGACUGUAAAUCUUGCACCGGGCAAGUGUCAAAGAAUGAAGAAACAACUAAUCUUGUUCCUCACUAGCAAGCUGGAAUGUCAGGACCAUGUGUCCUGGCCUCUCCGAUGAUCUAAGUCAGGUUGAUGACUCCAGGAAAAUCACCAUCAUCAACCGUGAGCUCAAGCGGCUCAACAUUGACAUCGCUGCACUGGAGGCCACCAGACUUUAAUCAGACGAUAGCCUCCGAGAACAAGACUACACGUUCUUUUGGCAAGAGAAGCUGACCACGACUCUUGGCCCUGCAGCAUCUGCCACUUUGGUGUCGGCAGGUUGAAUGAGAAUGGGCAGAGGCUGUUGGAACUAUGCUCUUACCACAACCUCUGUGUAACCAACUAAACACCUUCUUCUCAACCAAGCCUAACCGCAGAGUAUCCUGGCACUACCCCAGAUCCCGCCACUGGCACCAGCUGGACCCUUUCUCACUAGUGUCCUCAGUACCCAUAGGUACCACAGUGCUCACUGCAACACCACAGUGAGAUCUGUUUACAGGGCAUGAUAUUAGAAUUAAACAGGCUUACACAGUCUGUCGCUCACCGUUAAGAUUUCAUGGGUUUGUGUACCGUUUUAUUGCAUACCUGGCUAUUUACUGUUACAUGCAGUAUUAUUUUCUAAGACACCGAAAAUUAUUUUUCACCCUUGUAAAUUGGUAAACAAUUUCUUCAUUUUAGGAAGCAGCUGUUCAACAACGAGAACUCAUACUUGCCAAAAAUCAACAACUUCAGAGAGAAAUAUUAGAGCUCAAGUAAGCUGAAUAAUUUAUCAUCCUUUUGGUUAUUAAUAUUAAUAUGCAUUUUUAUGUCCUGAACCGAGAGGCGGUGUUUUUUUCUUCUUAUGGCCAUCUGUUAAGAUCUUUAAGAUUUGUUAAAGCACAACAUCAACAAUGACUUGACAUACAUGUAAUCAGAAACUGAGUGCUCUUUUUGAUGCCCAGAAUACAGCUUCUCUGAGCUGCUAGAUUUCAACUUUUUCCUCAGGGGAGUAUCGUGGAGCAUCAGCCCCCAGAUGUAUCUGGUUCACUGUUACCGCUCACCCCUGGUUACACUGCAUCUCUGAGGAAGCAACUUGCUCUGAUCAGGGACCGUGCAGGGGGUGGGGCUGGGGGGGCUUUAUAUUAGCCCCCCCCCCCACUUUUUUGGCUGUUGAUGUUAGAACAUUGAAUGUUCAACUGGAAAUAUUUAAGGUGUUGAUGAAGGACGGAGAAUUUACCUGUUUUGAUGACAUUUUAGCCAAGAUCAAGCAGCUUUCUGAAGCCGAAAAGUGUAUGAUAACUGAAAUCAUAGCCCUAUGUAAACUUCUUCUUGUAAAUCCAGCAACCAGUGCAGCAGGCGAGAGAUCUUUUCUUCUGCUCGGAGACUGAAAACGUGGCUACACUCGACGAUGACACAAACAAGAUUUAGCAAUCUGACAAUACUUAAUACCCACAAGCAGAGAACAGACAAACUUUGUCUUAUAGAUGUUGCCAAUGAGUUUGCAGCUCUCAAUGAAAAUCGAAAAAGCAACUUUGGCACCUUCAAACAAUCCGACUUAAAAAUGUCCAGGUGACACUCAUCCGUUGCGUCUGUUGGGUUUAGCUUAGAAGUUAGUCUAUUCAUUUAAAUUUGGUCAAACGUGAAGGCCAGUUUGUUACUCUUUGUUUUAUAAGAAUUAAAAAUUAACUUCACUUUUGGCAGUUUUAGAUCCAUUUCUAGCCAUUUCAGAAGACUUCAAUUUCAAAUGCAAAUGUUGGCAUAUAACCUCAGACAAAUAAAACUUAACAUGUAUGAUCUUGGUGUUCCUAUUCUGACCUCUGAUACCAAUCCAUGGUGACCUUUGGCCUUGCGAACUGUGGUUUUACUUCUGUAAUUUUAAGUCAAAUUGCACAAUUUACAAUAAAGGUGUGUCGUAUCAUUUCACAGGAUCCCUCAAGGGUUGGUUUUAUGCACACCUCCCCCCACCCCACUGAAGUAUACAUUCAAACCACAGCCUUCAUGUGGAUCAUCCAACUUCAGAUCUACAAAAAUUAAUAUAAAAGUUUUAUGCCCUGUUUGUUAGUACACUGUAUAAUAAUAAUUGUACUUAUUUUUUUUAUCCAGAGCAAAAAGAGCAGAAGAAGAACAGCAAGUGAAAAAGGUAAAAAUGUUCAGUAUGACAAAAAACAAAAUUUCUUCACACUUUCUCACAAGUUUAAAAGUGACCUAUACCAGUGUAAGUGCUUUAUCCACCAUACCAUAAUUAUUUUGUUUCUUCUGAGUGAAUUCCUCGCAAUUGCAUUUGCCUCAACAGCUUGAAGAAGAAGUUCAAGAGCUGGAACAAGAUGUGAGCGAGCUAAACAAACAACAGGCAAGUACACCAUUCCCAAGAAAUACCAUAAAAGACAGUUUCAUGAUGUGACAGCUCAAAGAGUACCAUCCAUAGAAGAGGGAUGGGGCUACCAAUUCCAUUUCCUCUGCCCGGCAAAUUUUGCAAAUUUAGAUUUCUGGCUUUAUUGCUAGAAAAAAAGUCUUACGUUACAAUAAUUAACAAAAAAGUAAUUACCAAAAGAUUAAUGUACUAAUUUGUUCAUGUAAUUGUUUUCAACUGCUUUUGUGUUCUUCUUUUAUAGGCUGCAGAAAUGAAAGAAAUUCAGCAACUCAAGACUUGCAAUGCAGAACUCAGUUCAAAAAAGGUGAAUUUAUUUUUUUUCAGUCUCAAAAUUUACUGUUUUUCUGAUUUAUAUAUAAAUUAGGCUAGUGUACAGGCUACAGGAAUUGCAGCAUUUAUACACGCGUGUCUCUUGCAUGUAAAUUAAUAAUCUGCCAUAUUGCAUGCAAAUUAUAUGAGAAAUACAUGCAUGUGUAAAAAAAUACAUGCAAAAAUACACGAGAAAAUACAAGCAAAUUUUUUGGAAACUGUGUGUAAAGUUUUACUCAUAGAUUGCGUGUAAUUAACAACUUUCAUCUUUGGCUGAAAUCUGUGAAGUGAUGAACGACGAUCUCUUGCCCUCAAACUGUACUUUGAAUGUUGGUCUUAUUUUGGGAAAAAAUCAGUAUGAUCUUUUCUCUCACCAGGCCAGCUGCAAAAUUACCGUUGAUUAGGUUUCUGACUUAGUUGAGGUUAGAUAUUUGUACAGUUUAAUCAUUUACUCGUCUUUUAAAAUUUCCCAAAGCUCUUUGUUGCAGCAUUGAAACUAAACUAAAAUGAUUCACUGUUUGUUCAAAUGUUUUCAAGCUGGACAUGAUGUACGUCACGUGCACUUUGAUUAUUUUGACUUCAAUUUGUAACAAACUAUUACUGUUUGACAUGUAAAAUUUUGCACACGUGUUUUCUGCAUGCGAAUUCACCAUUAUUGUACGCAAUUUACACUGGUCACAUGCGAAUGCUGCAAUUCCCGUGGCCUGUACUUAAACCCCUGAGUGAACAGUGUACAACAGUGCCUCGAAUUCAAACCCACCAACCAUGAUGGGUCAGUCACUAGCAACCACCGUAAAAAUAGUCCCAAUCUAUAAAUCAAACACUUACAGACCUGCAAUACGUUGUUGAAAUGUUGUGAUCAACAACUAAGUGACUAUUGUGAGACAAAAGAUAAAUAAACCCUAAAAUGUACGAAUACCGCAAUGAUAAAUAAUAUCAUUCAUGACAAUAAUGUUGUUGUUUUUUUUUUGUUUUCAUCAGGCUGAGAUAAAAGUGAAUUUAGCUGGACUGAAGCAAGACUGUGAAAUUUUUAAGUCCAAGAUUGUAAAUUCACCUGCAAGAUUUAAAGGGGUACGUUAGAAUGAAGCAAACUGGUCAGAGAUUUCAAAAAUGGUGCUGACAACUGCAAGCAAAAAAAAUUUUCAACUUAAUGACUGAUCCCGAUGAGUAGAACAGUAAACUUGUGUAUUUUGUUUGGACCUGACAUUGCUUAAGAUUCAGGGACCAGUUGUUAAGUGAUUGGUGUCAGCAAAAAAAAGCCUUUUCAGUGUAAAAACAGACAUUUAUUAAAGUAGCUUUAAAUACACAAAAAACGGAACACUGAUGUCCAAAGAGAGCCUGGGGGGAGCAAAAUGAGCGCACUGUCGGCCUCAGGUUUGUAAAUCAGAUGACUACAUGUACUUCGAGCUACUGUUGUAAAAUAAGGACUCUAAAAAUACCUGCUGCUUUAAUUUAUGAAUUCAACAAAAUUAAUGACAACAUUCACAGGUAACCGUGAAUUGUUACCCUCUGACAUCAUAGAUUUUUAUGUUGCCUGCUUUUCGUACAAUAUUAUUUAUUUGUUAGAUGUCACGUGACGUCAAUGUAACCAACUGAUAGCACAUGCUGCUGAGGCCAACCCAUAAAAGAGUAGUUUGUGUGAUUGCUACCAGAACUACAAUGUAGUAACUAAACAGUUGCAUUCUGAUUUCUUUUUCUUGUUUUAGGAAUUGGCCCGUUUGACAAGUGCAGUGCAGUCCGUUAAGGAAGCCAGAGAUGAGAGAAGUGCUAGGCUGCAGGAAAUAUGUGCUCAAGAGGAGAGCAGCCUGCAAUUCUCUGAGGUGCAUAGACUAUUAUAUGACUGUACAACAGAAGUAACAGUGACAAUCAAGAUGAACAUAAAUAAUUAUUAAAGUCAAGCCCACAAGGCUUGCUCUUUAGCAUUAAACCAGUUUCUGUGAAAUAAAGCACCUAAGAGUAUUGCUACUGUAGUAUUUAUUUUCUUACUACUUUGUUUCAGUUUCUUUUGCGUUUUGGUAUACCAGUCAGGCUGUCAUCAAUCUCAUAAUUUUUUGAUAAUAUGAUGUCACAGUUACCGUUAUUUUUUUUUUCAGCAAUGGUAUUUUCAUGCAUAACCUUCCACUCUCACAAUUUUGAAAUGGGGAGCUUGCUAGCAACUUGUAUCCCCAGUGCCCCACCCAUUUUUCACUCCUCACACUCAUACCAGGUCCUCACACUAAUAGAAGGCCAAGGCUGUACUCUAGCAUGCAGUGCCCAUUGGCCCCUUGCACCUAACUUUUGCUCCUAGGCAACUAGAAAAUCUUAGAUUUCUCUUAGAAAUCAUGCUGGGGGAUAGCCUGGAUUCUGGGCUCUCUUCAGUUUUCCCUAGAGUACAGCCUUGAAGGCCUGAAAAGAUGCCGUACAGGUACUAGGCUGACACCUAAGAGUCUCCACAUUGUUUCUCACCAACCCUCAAUGUCUUCAUUAAUUGCCAUAUUUUUACUUUUUUGCAUUUGACAGGAUAGUCAAACAGCAUUGAAGACAAUUUCAGGAAUAAGACAAGACAUGGAAAGAUUGCGGUAAUUAAAUCACUGUCCUAUAACCUCAGGAAUAGAGAUAAACCAGAUAGUCACUGUGCCUCAGUGCCUCAUAGUGCCUUUUACUAAAUUUUCGAACAUUCACAAUUUAUUAUUCCACAAGGCAAAGAAUGAGGCUAUCCCUACCAGACGUUAAGCAGAAUUUUGAGAAAAGGACCUUUCUCUUUACUGGCACAAAAAUUUUUAACAAACUCCCUUUAAACAUUGUGAAGAGUGAAAACCUUCAAACAUUCUGCCGCCAAGCAAGACAUUUCUUUUUAUCAUAACUUUGAUAUUUUAUUAAACACAUUUUAGGCUUUAAAGGUGAUUUUGCAUUGUAUUUUUAGGCUGUUUAAUGUAGUUCUUAAAUUCUAUUAAUGUAUUUUUAUUAGACUUUUAAAUGUAAUACAGAUACAGGGCCCCUACAGAGACCAGCCUUAGAGCUUUAUGGGCUACCCUGUGUAAAUAAAGUUUUACUUUACUUUGCUUAUUAGAAAUACUAGUAUGAAGUACCCCUAACCUUUUUUUGCAUAUUCCUGUCAGUGAUGAGACUGCCAAGCUUGAAGAGCUCCGAGAUAAAAAUAUCAGCCUGAAAGAUGAACUCAGAAACAUGACAGCUAAGUUAGAGGUAAUCUACCGUUGUAUGUAUUUCUAAUUGGAUGCCCCAUUUGUUCCAAUACUUACAGUAGCUUUAGUUAAUACUUUAUAUACAUCUACAAUGUACUUAGAACCUUCAUUUCGCGCCAGGCAACUUUGUAAUCCACACUUUAUUAGCAAACUUUAUAGUCAAUGCAGGGUUGUCAAAAGUAGCCGGCUGCUGGCAAAAAUUGCCGCCUACUUGGUUAGCGACUUUUAAAUAAAAUAUCCCUGGACUGGCCGCUUGCUUUGACAACUUAGCCGUCUACUUCAAAACUUUCUGUCAGCCCUGGUCAAUGAUUAUUCAACAUUAAUUUUGAUAAUUAUGUUCAUUAUUUGUAUAGGUAAUAGCAUGAUUUGUAGUGAUAUUUGGAAUAAAUACCACGAGUGAUAUUUCAAAAUUGUUAUACGUAAUUUCACGAGCCGUUAGGCGAGUGAAAUUUGAGACAAUUCUGAAAUAUCACGAGUGGUAUUUAUGCCAAAUAUCACGUACAAAUCAUGCUAUUAUUUGUUUAUACUACUACCCGCAAAAGGUUUGUAAUUUUCACAUGUAGGUAUUUCAAAUUAAGCUGAAAUACCACUGCUCUAAACCAAUCAAAUUGCAGAAAUUUCUCAUGUAGUAGUAUAAGCCACGAAAUUGCAAGAAAAUUAUGUUGUACAUGUAGUUAAUUUUCUAUUGCAGUUAAUUUUUAUUUCUCCCUUGUUUUUGGGUAUGGUAAUGUAUGCUAAUGAAUUUAAAACAAAAGAAAAACAAAAAUUAACAGGGUGCAAAGAAAGUCAGUUUUACAGCCUGCCAUUAGGGCAAGCUGUAGCUAGCAUGUACUAGCUCACAAGUCAUUUCAACUAGCCCCCAAACCCUUUUUUGAUUAGCAGGAAUGAUUACAAUCCUUCUGUUAUUUGAAUUUCCCCCCAAAACAGCACUUGCCCAUUGGGCAAGUUAUAAAGAACAAAAACCACUGGCCCGAUAGCAAAAUCCACUAGCCCCGGGCUAUCGGACACGACUUUCUUUGCACGCUGAUUAACUUAAAUAAAAAAAAUUAACUGCAACAUAAAUUAUAUUAUACAAUGAGGCAAGUUUCAGUUAAAAACUUGUUUCUAUUUAUGUCAGACAUUAUUCUGGGAAAUGCAGACAUCAACGAAAACCAGGCAAUUGCAUUAUUGUUUUGUACAGGGAAGUUCUGUCCUGAGGUCCAAUCCCGUACCCUUUUAUAAAUUAUACCAUUUUUGACAGAAAAAGUACCCCUUUUGUUUCCUUUUAUGACAAAUGGUACCCCUUUUACAUACUACAGUGUAGUUUAGAACACUGCAUCCCUUUUAACUGCUGUAAAUGCACCACCUUUAAAAUACGCAUAAAUCACCAGGGGGUUUCAUUCAGCAUCAGAGAUCAGAGAAUAAUAAAAUAGAAAGUAUGCAGGGAACAAUGGGAAGAGGGAAAAGGUGGGCGCCUCUCUUCUCUCUUAAUUCCCGCUUUCCAUCACAAAGAGGCCUUUAUGGAGGAGAGAUCAUGUGUUCCGUCUAGCGCAAGCACAUGUGUCACCGACAGAGGCGGGAAAAUCUUCUCACGUCUAGUGCUUUCACUAUUAAAAAAGUGCUAAAAAUAUUGAAUUGAAGUUAAAGCGUAUUGAAAAUUAUUUUAUUUUCACUCUUUGGUAUAUUUGGUAUUUUAAUAAGAUAGAGCCUCAUGUCACAACUCUAGGAGUGUGUAACAGGGUUAGAAGUCGAUCAUAAUUUAACAAGCCUGUUAAUUAGAAGUUGAAAAAAUGAAGAGGUAUGCAGUGUUUUUGUUCAGCAGCUAUGAGAAAUAAAAUUUGCUAUCAGACAGUAGGAAAAGCUAUCUCAGAAGGGUAAUAAAUCGCAAAAUUUCCAGGCUCAUUUUCAAGCUCUUUCCAGGAGAGGGCUUCGCUCUUUCAAAAUAUUCUCCUGUUACUGUACACUAUUCUCCUGCUACUGCAAUUCUUAAUAAAACCCCAGAAUCACUAACAAGAAAGUUUUCUUGUCUUUUUCACAGCCAGAAAAUGUAACCCGUUUAAGGUCCUUUCACAGACCACAGUGACAGAUUUCCCAGUACCCUUUCAUAAUUAUACUUCAACAAGUUAAACUCCUGUACCCUUUCAUAUACUUUAUAAAGCCUGAAAAAGGUACCCAUUUGGGCUACCCUCCCCGUAUAGGCCAUUGUAGGGAGUACGCCCUCCCCUCCUUGGGCUUUUGAUAGGUCAUGCUCAUGGACAGCACACUUUUUCCAUACAUGUGUAUGCAAUCAUUGUCACAUGACACAAAAGUUCCAUUACGAAUUUUUGGCAAUGCAUUUUUCACAAAAAUAUACAUAAAAUAGUUAAUGUUAUGGUUUUCUGUUUGUAAUUAUAGCAACUUCGUCGGCAACAAGCAUCAAAACAGGACAAAGUGUCAAGGCUUAUGCGGCAGCAUGACAGAAAGGUUGCUGCUUCACAUGAUACAAGUGAUCAGUUACAAAGGUACCGACAUGUACAUGCAUGCACAACUUCUCUCAUUGGUUAAGCAAAUUCACAAGAAAUUCCUUACUGAAAGAAAAUGACGAAAAGCUAGUUUCCACAACUUAGUGCAAUAGAAACUGGGCAACCGAUCAGACAGUCUAGAAAUUCUUUUCCCAUCUGAAGAUUUUCUUUGGUGACAAAAGUGAAGUGCAUUUUUUGAUAAUAUUUGGAAAUCGACCCUAAUAAUGGGGACUUUAAGAUCCAACUAUGCGGACGGCGACAAGAACAUCAAAAAACACUAGGUUUUAUAAGCAAAACAACAGCUUUGCACGAGCAUCACACUUUUUUGUACAUUUAGCUACAUUCCUUUCCCGUUUUUGCAUGACUACGACGCGAAAAUGCCUAAUUUCGUGUUUUAUGGAGGACAUAAGCAAGCAACAACAAAAUUUUAUUUCUCUUUCUGAGCUUGGAUAUGGUCCCUUGAAAUUCAGCUUCAGGAGUGUUUGCCUACAUUUGACAAAGUAAUUGGGUACGAAUAAUCGCUAUGAGACUGAAAGAACGCAAACACACAUUUUUAAGCGAUGUUCUUGUGGCCUUCGCGUUGUUGGAUCUUAAAGUCCCUAAUAAACACUUGCAGAGACCAAUUUUUUCGGGGGGCACAAAAAUAUUGGCGACUAUAUCUUAUUGAUACAUAUACAAAUGAUCAUGUAGUGACCAACUAAACAAAAACACACAGUGCAUUGCUGACUACAGUGUAUGAAUAACUUUUCAGUUCUUACUUACAAAAAUAUUCUUUCAUAGAUUACUGUAAUAAAGCCGUUUUGAAUGUGAAAAACAUGAUUCAAAGUUAUUGCCAUUUUAAAUAAAGAUGUGUUUAAUAUUCCUACUGAAAUUUAAAAUGUGAAAAGACUGUGAUUGAUCAACAUCUUACGAUUUCUGUUAGAUCUGCUGUUUAAAAAAAAAUGCUACUUGUGUGUAAAAGUAAGAGAGGAAAUUUGUCUUAUGAUAAAUACAAGCAUCUUGCGUGUAAUUUAAGCUGUGUGUAAAUGUUCGUGUAAAAUUUCACAGAUGUGUAUUUUGUGUGUAUAUCCGCCAUAUUGCGCUCAGUUUACACGCAUGUAAGUGCUGCAAUGCUGUUGGCAUGUACUGCGUACCCCAACACCUUUACAAUAUAUUCAAGGCAACAUAAUUAAUAUUAUUUUACAUAAAAUAAUAUACAUAACCAGUUAAAAACUUUUCUGUUUUAGGGAGCAAACACAUUUAACAAAAAAUAUAGCAGAGAAAGAUAAUUACCUGGAGCAAUUGAACAAUGAGAUGAACAGCCUGUCAGAGAUGGUAUGCUUUGCCUUUAGUUCCACUUUAUAUUAUAUUAGAAUAAUAUUUAACAAUAAUUUAUUCCUCGAGCCCAAAUGGGCUCUGAGGAAUAAUUAAUAAUGGGCUAUUGACUCAGAGGCCAUGAGGGUGAGAGGAAUAAUAAAUUAUUGUUUUAUUAAAAUCCAACUAGUCAAAUUUAUUGAGACAAAACAACUUUAGCUAGUUAAAGCUAGACUUUAAUCCUUUUUUGCCGCCAAAAAGCCGGCGCUUUUUGCUACUAGUGGGCUAUAACAUAUAGCCUAGUAGUAGCUCAACCAAUCAGAAUGCAGCAUUGUUAAUAGACCACUAGUUGGAUCUUACUAAUUAAUAUUAUUUGCCAGGUUGCAUCACAAUGUAGUUGACAAAUGUGCAGUGUGCUAUGGUAUAAAUUUCCCCUUUAUAAUACACAUUUGUCCUGCUAUACGGUAAAAAUCAUGAUUAAGAACCAGAGUACCUGUUUGGCUAAAUUUUGACAGUUAGGCCCUCUAUACAAGAACCUGUUUAGCCUAAAACUUGAAACAGGUUCUUUUCUUUUAAAAGCUAUCAAAAGAAAUUAUGUACAAUAAUAAAUUAUUAUUGGGCAGAUACUGUGAAUGAUCGAUUAAGUGGUGCUACUCAAAUAUAUACCUGAUUGAAAAUGUUGUCACUAAAAAGUAUAAACCAUGAAUGAUGAGGUUUCAAGGAUUUAUGAGUAUAAUAAUUAUGUUCAUUAGCAAAGCAAAUUCAAAGUUCUUUUGACAAAAGUUUACAUUGUCAUGAGAUGCUCGUGUGGAUGCAAAUCCCUAGAGUACUCUGUUUAAGGCAUGCCAUUGUCUUUUCAGUCUCUUUUUUCCCUUCCAAGAUAGCCUUUAGGUCCUAUCUUAUGAUUUUCAGGUGUGUGUUAGCAACAUGGCCACACUCUUUAACUGUUAACAUCUCUUAUGUGUCCAGCACAGGUGAAGUUGUGAGCUUAUCGUCACAAAAACUAGAAACUGUUUGACAUUUUUUGGAUAUGCAUCGACGCAAGAAGCUUCAAUAAUGUAAACAUUUCUGAAAAGGACUUUAAAUUUGCAAUGCUAAUAAAGUUCUACCCAGAAAUCCAUGAGGUCCCAUCGUUCAUUGUUUAUACUUAAAAUUUCAAGCGACAACAUUUUUUUUUCAAUCUUGUAUAUAUAAUUAUAUAGUUUUUGCCACACCUUUUUAAAAUAACUUAUAAGUGCCAUGCCCCUCUCGAUUAAGCACCGCACCUUUAACAGGGCAAAAGGAAAUAAGUGCCAUAGCCCUUAAUUGAUCAUUACUUCUAUGGUGUAAAUCAACAGUCAGAAUUCUCUUUGGAGACAUAGGUGUCUUGUCACUUCAAGUGCAAAGUAAUGGCAUACAUUUUUAUACAAGGAAUAAGCUGAAUAUACCACUAAAUACUCUUAGCUUCAUUUUUGUUUUCUUCCAAAAAUAAGAACAUAUUUAGAACCUACAUAGCCUAAAUUUGUGCUAAUUACCAUUAUUUAUGUACUAACCUGUAAAUGGACUAACUGAGAAAAUGCAGUUUCUUAGUGGUGGAUUUUACUGUAUUUUCUGGUUCCAAAUAAUAUUGUCCUUUCAUGAGAAGAGCAGCAGGGCAGUUCCCCAUAGGUGUUUUUUUAAUGUACUUGAGUGUGAAUUCAUUUGGAAGCUAAUAAAUAAUAAUUAUUAUUGAUAAAUUAUUUAAAUCUUUGUGUACAGAUUAAACGAGAGGAGGAUCUUCAUGAAGAAGACAUGGACAAGCUACACGCAGCCUAUCAGAUGCUACUAGGGCAGGUGUGAUAACCAAUAAUAAUCUAAUGGUUUGCGUGGAAUAAGGCCCCAUGUCAUGAGACAGUUAUUUGUUUAGAAUGCUUAUAAAAAUUCCUCUUCCUUUUUUCUCAUUGGUCAUAAUUAUAAUAAAUUGAGUAAUCCCUGUUAAUCAAGGGGGAAGGGAAACGUGCAUGGGCCAUAUUCCACACACCAUUUUCAAUAAUAAUAUUAGUAUUAAACUAAUCACCAAUAGAUGAACUUGGGUGCUGGUGCAUACAAAGUUGGUGUGGCCAGAAUUGCUCUAGCACAAGGAAGGAGUUAUCCAUAGCAACCCUGCGAGGGGCCCCUGCCAAGCAUCAUCACAUUGAACUGUUCAGUGUAACACUUACAAUGUACUGGCCAAUACUUAUCUAGCCCUGAAAUGAAGAGGGCGGAGGGUUGGAAAAACCAAGCAUGAAAAGGCAAGCAGGCAACAAAGCUAUAGCAGAGACACUUUGUGAAGAAACUGUGUAUACAAGUCAUGAGGUGUCCCUGCUAAGGGCAUCAGAGCACUCCAGGCAUAGUUGGGAAAACCAGCUGGCCAGCUUUGGGUUGAGGAUAUUUUUGCUAAAAUUGCAUUGAAACUAUUAGAAACCAAGCUCUAAAACAGCAACUUAUCCACUUUUUUAAGUAAAUGUUUCUUUGUCCUAGGACACAGUCCAUACACCUCCUAGUCUGUCCCCAAAUGUUUUUUCAUUUUUUGUUUUCAAUUUCCUUUUGUGCAUAGUGUACAAGAGAGAAAAAAACUACCCCACCCCCUUCUGGAAGCAUUCAUUUACAGCCAAAUUCCCCACACAACUUUUUGCUUUCCUACAUGCACCCGGCGAUCUCUGAAGAGUCAAUAACUAGAGGGUCUUAGGCAGUAUAUCUCACUUUUUAAACCUCAUUACAGCCACUUUUGCAGUGAAAUCACUCGCCUGUGACUUGUGGUUCCACUUGAGCCUUGACAACUUUCUAUGUCCUGUAGAAGUAUACGUAUAGACAGUGCAAAUACCGUCUACAUUAGAGAGAUUAAGCAUUGCGUUUACGGCAAAUGGCAAAUGUCAGAUUCAAGUUGAGAAAUGAGCGAUAAAAACAGCUUUAAACAAUAAUUUUCUUAUGAAUAGAAUUGGCCUGAAUCUACCGAUUUUCGUGAAGUUAUAAUAAACAGUUAAACGACAAGUAAAGGAAAAACUUGGUCACGUGGUAUAAAUUCACGUUUGCCGUUUGUCGUAAACGGGAUGCUUAAUCUCUCUUGCUAUUUGGUCAAGGAUAGCUUUAAUAUGUAAUAUCACUUGAGGUAGGGAUUUACAGUUAAUUGUACUCAUGAAGAAUGAGCAGCUGUUUGUGGCCAUCAUCUAAAUGUGGGAAGCGUAUUGUAUGUGUGAUAUUCUGUGUCCUUUACAGCUGGAGAGCUACCAUCAAGGACUCAAUCGAGGCUGGGAUAAAGUCAGGACAGUCUUCAACUAA